AUGACCGACCCCUCAUCCUCCCUCUUCCGGUCCCCAAUCCUGCCUGUCACCGCCCUUUGCUUGUCAUUAGUCGUACUCACGCAGGUCAUAAGCACCUAUACCGCCGCAUACAUAGCCGCGCCUCACGAGAUCAGCAGCUUUCUCGAUAUCGUCGACUCCUCCAUCCAGGAAAAUGAGAGCUACGACAGCAACGUUGAUAAAGUGCAGAGGUUAGAGGAUAAGUUACGACUGACGCGGUUACUACGAGAAAUCCAGGAGAGCGGAAACGAUUUGCGCCAGGAGUUGAGUCGUCUCCUGAUGGCUGAGGGUUCCACCACGUUGCGUCCCGGCCCCCGGGUAUUUUGGGCACUCCACAAGCCACAUCUAGAGGAUAGGGUACGUCGGCUUGACAUGUUGCGCACCCGCUUUUUGGUUGUGUACAUGGGCAUUGUUGCGUCCUCGGUUGGGGACCGUGUCAAAUACAUCGAGAAGGCAGCGACGCAGAAGGAAGUGGAGAAGGCACAUCAUCACCACCAACCUCAGACGCCUCUCGCCAAGGUGUUGACUGACAGCAUCAGACAAAGACCACAGCUUAGGAAAGUGGCGACGUCAUCAUCACAAGCAACACCAUCAACCCUGUCAGGGCCAGCAUCAGCACCGCCCAGAUCGACGGGAAAUCACCACCCUCGUUUUGAUACCACGCCGCACCGGAUGGGCUGGAUGGGUGUAGUACAAGAAUUGCAACACUCGCCAUUGAUGCAUAGACGACAUGCUUCCGUUGAGAUGUCUAUGCGAUCACCACCAUCACUGUCACCUCUCGGCAGUCCCUUGUCGCUUGCGCCGCUGAUGGAUAAUGAGCGAUUUCACGAGGGGAUAGAAUCCAUCCCAGAGGACAAAAUCUGA